AUGGCCUCUCAAUCUCAAUCACCGCCUCAUCACGCUCCCACCGUUGCUUCGCCGGGAUCUUCUUCUCCCAACGCGGCUCCGGCGGAACUGCCGUCUCUCCUCCAUGUAUCUUUCAACCAGGACCACGCCUGCUUCGCUGCCGCUACUGAGAAUGGCUUCCGCAUCUACAAUUGUGACCCCUUAUCCUUGCCCUCGUCGGCGGCGGGUCCCACCCUCAGUACCCUCCGAACAAGGUCAUGAUCUGGGACGAUCACCAGGGGAGGUGCAUCGGCGAGCUCUCGUUCCGCGCUCCCGUCCGAGGCGUCCGGCUCCGCCGAGACAGGAUAGUGGUGGUGGUAGAACAGAAGAUAUUUGUGUACAACUUCGCGGACCUGAAGCUGCUGCAUCAGAUCGAGACCGUGGCGAACCCUAAGGGUCUCUGCGCGAUUUCGCAUUCGUCGGAUUAUCUGGUGCUGGCGUGCCCGGGGCUGAUGAAGGGCCAGAUUCGCGUGGAGCACUACGCGCAGAAGAAGACUAAGUUCAUUUCGGCGCAUGACUCGAGGAUUGCUUGCUUCGAUCUCACGCUUGAUGGGCAGUUGAUCGCCACUGCCAGCUGCAAGGGAACUCUGAUUCGGAUUUUUGACACAGAUAGUGGCACGCUCCUUCAGGAAGUAAGAAGGGGUGCAAAUGUGGCUGAGAUCUUUAGUUUGGCCUUCUCUUCCACUGCUCAGUGGCUAGCAGUCUCAAGUGACAAGGGUACUGUCCACGUUUUCAGCCUUAAGGUUAAUUCCAAUGUCCCUGAUCAUGAAAAUUCACAUCGUUCUUCCAGUUCAGAUGCUGCUAUUAUCCCAUCUAGCCCAUCUAGUUCCUCUCGGUCAUUCAUUAAAUUUAAAGGAGUUUUGCCUAAGUAUUUCAGUUCAGAGUGGUCAGUUGCUAAGUUUCACUUAAAUGAGGGCUCUCAUUACACUGUUGCAUUUGGUCUCCAAAAGAAUACAGUGGUAAUUCUUGGUAUGGAUGGAAGCUUCUAUCGAUGUCAGUUUGAUCCAGGGCAUGGUGGAGAGAUGACCCAGCUUGAAUACCAUAACUUUUUAAAGCCAGAACCAGAAACAGCCUCGUGAGACCCUGUAGAGUUUGGUGUUUCAAGCCUUUUCGUUAGGGUUGCAGUAUUAUGCACCUUGCGGAAUAAUAGUAAUAGUAUAGCUGACUGAAGUAACACUGAGCCCGUUAAUCCGUUAUUAAUAGUAAUACACGGUCCAUCUUGUUACUUCCAUCUCUGAUAUUGUAAUUAUAAUAUUCUAUGUAUAUAUAUAGUUUAUUAAUUUUUUAAUAAUAUAUGUUGACUGCUGUGGUAAAGCCAA